GUUUUGUUUGUAGAGUCCAGUCUUUUUUGUCAUGGCGGUCAGUGUCUUCAUUGUAAAGGAAGACAUGAAUUAGAAAAAAACGUUUGCAGAAAAUGAGUUUUCGAAAGAAAGCACGCCCAGUGAUUGCAGUCUCAGCAGUUGCUAGAGCAAGGAUAAGCAAAUCCAGUGUAAUUGAGCAACCUGACAAAGAAAAAGAUGAUACUAGCUUACAGGAAGACGUAGCCAUUCCUGGACCAUGUGAUCUUAGCAGUAACCAGCCUAAUGUUGAUAAUAACGCCGUGGAAGCUAAUAUACCACAAAAUGUUAACGAUGAAAGUAUCAGUGAAAAUGAUACAUCAUCUUCGUGGUCUUCUACACCGAUUGCGUCCGGAAGGAGAUUUAAAAGGGCGAAACCGAUGCCUAACUUUGUCAGUACAAAAAGACCCUGUCAACCAUCAAAAUUAACUAAAAGUGAAAACUCGCCGUCGAAAAUAGAUGAACUUCAAUCGACCAGCUUUUUAGAAGCAAUCACACAUAAUGAAUCCCAGGGGACCCAAGGAAGCACUUGUAAAAAAAAGGAUGGCAACUAUUUACAUAACACAGAUAGCAAAAUAGAAUUAGAAUGCAAAGGGAUUGAAGAUCAAGGGUUUUGCUCGAGUACGCUUGUACCAGAUACUCAGUCUGAAAUAAAGAUCAGGAAUCUAGAAGAACCAUGUCCAAAUUUAAGUCAGCUGGAAGUAGGAGCAACAGAUUCAUCUCUAGAUUGUUCAAAUGUGGAUGAGAAUCCAAUGGGGUUCUUAGUAACUGAAUCCAAAAUAAGUUAUGGAUCAUCAUAUUUUGAAAAUAAAGUUACAGAGGAAAGUAAACAAGAUUCUUGUACAGUGCCAUUUAAAGAAGAUAAAAGUUGUGAAGAUAAUAUAAACAAUAAGAUAUCCAAGGGCACUGAGAGUAGAAACCUUUCCCAGUUAAGCAGAUUUAAAAGGCAAAAGCCAAAACCAAUAAUUGGAGGUCAACGGCUUAAAGUGACAAAGGAUGUUGACAAGCAGAAAAAAGACACCAAUUCUGAAAGUAAUAAAAUUACUGAGACAUUUGCAACUGCAAAUGACAAAAAUAUUCCUGAUGAGAGCUUUAAAACAGUUGAAAGCUCUUGCAGGAUCAAAGAAGAAGAAGGAAAAAGUGAAAACAUUGUUAAUGUAGAGGAAAAAUUGAUUCUUGUUAAUGAUUGUAAAAUGGAAAGUGACAGUUCUGAUCAACUUGUAACUUUGAAGGAAACACCUAAAAAUGAAUUUUUAAAUGAUACUGUGAAACAAUUAGAAAAUAUGGAAUCCUCGAUUUUGAAUGGAAAUGAGAGCCCCAAAGUAGAUAGUGGAGGAAGCUCAGUGAAGGGAUCAAGAGUUUGCAAAAGGGUCAAAUUUAAACCUAAUAUAACUCCAAAAGAUCUAAGAGUUAAAUCAAAAAGAGAAAAUAACGAUAAGGAAGAUAUUGCUAAUAACAGCACCAUGGAAAAUUCUUCUACAGAUGAUAGCAAACGAGAAAACGAACAAAGACAUCCGGAGCCCACUAAUCCAACAGAAUCGCAGUCUGUUGAAAGAACUGGUGGAAAGCAUGUUAGGUUCAAUCAGGACAUUGUUAAUGAAAAUGUUUCAAAAUCAUUUGAUGGAACUGAUGAGAAAUUGUUGAAUGCAGUUGAAAAGGAUAUUAUCAAUACUGCUGGUGAAUUAAGUCAAGAAUCAAGGUACCCAGGUCCUCAUUCUGAUGCAGAGGAUGGAUCGCAGUCUGAAGGAGAGGGUAUACAUCAUCAUGGAAAAAGAAAAUUUACACCCUGCCUUGGACCAAGAGUAAGGCAGCGAAGAAGACUUUCUUCUGUGAACCUUUCAGAAGAUGAAAGCCAUGCAGCAGCAAAAAUUAGUAGCAACUUUGCAAAUGCAUCAGACAAGUCUUCCAAGAUAAAAGAAAAAGAUGCUAAUCCAGAUAGAAAUAAUGAAGAAGAACAAACUGAUGAAUCAGAAAAGAAAAAACAAAAACGUAAAAGAAUUGUUAUCCGAGAACCAAAGGAGAAAAUGACAAUGUUUGAUUAUAUUUAUUAUAAUCCAAAAGCAUCUGAACAAGAGCAAGCUGAGAAAGAGUCCGAAAAUAAACAAAAGAAGAGGCAGUACAAAGAAACAUCAAGGCAUGAAGAAUCUGAGAUUGUUGUGGGAUCAAUAAAUGAAGAUUCAGUUACUUCCAACAAUGACAGCUUAGUUAUCAAUGAUGAUGAUGACGAUACUACUGGACCUGCAGAUGAUUCAAUUAUAGCCCCACAAGUGAAAAUUGGGGAAGAUGGCCAGAUUGUUAUUGAUGAAGAAAGUUUGUUACUGAAGACAACGAGAUCAAAACUCAGUUUAGAAAACAGUGAAAUUGUUUACACCGAUAGUUUCAACCCUUAUCAACGACGCCAGGAGCCAAUAAAAAAGAAAAGAUGGCCAGUCGAAGAAACACUGAAGUUCUACCGGAUCUUGAGCAGGAUUGGAACAGAUUUCAGUUUUAUGGUUCAGUUUUUUCCUGGCUGCACUAGAAGAAAUUUAAAGAAAAAGUUCAAGACAGAAGAAAAAUAUAAUGGGGAUUUGAUUGAUCGAGCACUUAAAAAUAUGUUACCCCUGGACCAGGCACUGCUAGAAGAACUAUCUCCAGCAAUUGCCGAUAAACAACAAACACAGACUGAACUGUCCAACUCAACUGAACAAACUAAUAUUAGAAAACAAAAUGCGAAAAGGAAAACGAGAGAAAAGCCUGCGAAAGGAAGAUCCUGUUCUGUGAACUCGCUACUGCAGGAAAAUGAAAUUAUCGAUAAUGAAAUUAUGACAAUGGAAGUAGCGGAAAAUGUGACGAUAUGAUUUAAAUGCGUUUAUUUAUAUCUAGUAAUAUCUACUUAAACAGAUAGUAUUUAUAUCUGUUCAAAGCAACAAACACCAAGUACAAACAUCUUAUUCGAAGGGGGAGAAUCACUACAUGUUGGGGCAAAGAUGAUGUUCAGAAUAGGAAAAACGCUCGCGUAUUCAGCAGUCCCAUGUUAUUCUUUAAUGAUAUAAGUGAUGACAUGGUUGAUCCAUUGAUACAAGUAUAGUGCUCUAAAAAUUAAAUUCUUUCAACUUUUAGCCUAUAUAUCUUCACUUCCUUUGCUAUGCUCAUAUGAGACGUGGAAAUUUUGAAGUGAAAAUAGCUUUGCUAUUAAAUUUUAUAAAGAUACCCUCGAGAAGUUGAUACUGAUGUUAAAAACUAUUCUAUUCGGGGUUCGAUAUAGGGAGUGAAUUUAUUGUUCUUAGUACAUGUUUAAAAUAGGUUCUGUUUUGCAGGAAAACUCUCAUAUUACGGACAGUUGUGGGAAUGGGAGUGCAAAUAAUGAGGGUUUAUGGGGUGUCGCAGCCCCAACAUGGGGUCCGCUAAAAUGCAUUUACGGUAUAACGUGCACUCCUAUAUAUUUAUGGCAAAAGUUUAUCUUCUCUAAGUAGAAACGUUUCUUGAGUUUGAAACUGAAAAAUGAUUUUUUAAAAAACAACUUCAUUUUGGAUAUGUUAUUCCAUUCUUGUAAAUUUUAUCUUUAAUAUAACUUAGCAAACAUCUGAGACGUUGGUAAUAGUUUUAAGCAUGACAAAAAAUGAUGCAUU